AUCAGCCUGAAACCAUUUGCUGGCAGAGCUGUGAAACACCUCCGGGUCCGGCGGGCACCGUGCUGCUCCUUCCCGAAAUCCCCACCCGUGGCAGGCGAGGGGCUGGGAGCUCGUGAGCCAUUUCUCUUCUUGCUUUUGUUGAUUUAAGCAACACCCUGCAGCUUUUACAUUUUUUUUUUUUUUUUAUUUUUACAUUUCUAAAACAACCCUUUUAGCUUUGAAUUGAGCCCGCGUUAUUUAAGCCCAGCGCAGUCAGAAACUCUACCUCGAGUUCAUGCGAAUGUUUAAAAAUCGAGGUGGGGGAAGAGCAGUUAAAACUGAAAUUAAUGCACUUCCGAACGUGGCCUUUGGAGAUGAGAUGGACUAAUUCCGUUGGAUUUAAGUUCGGGUUUAUUUAGGAGCAGGAGGAGCGGGACGCCCUUGCUGCUCGCCUUGUGUGAGCUGGGCUGGAGGUUCAGCCUGGGACCGCCUGCGCGGGUGAAGGCUUUGCCCCGCUGCCAGGGUGGUCGUUCAUGACCCCUCCCCUGGGGCAGCGGGGGUCAGAGGGGAAUUAAAUCCCGUUAAUUAGCCGCCUGAGUCGCUCUCCCGGGAGGUGAGUGGGGGCUGCUCGUGCUGAGGCUGAUGGGCGCUGGGGCAGCGACACCCACCACCCCGUUUUGGGGCAGGAGGAGCUGCCGUCGCCUCGGCCACCCCAGCACCUUUACCCAGCGGGUUCUCACCUCCUAAACUCCUGCCUUACCCUGGAGAAAUAACUGCAGGGAGCGGUAAAUCCACGCCUUUCCUGAGCAGGUCGUAAAUCGCUUUUAUAAGCUUUGAUAGCAGAAGUGGGGGAGGAUCUUUGUGGAGGGGGUUCAGGCCUGUAGCUGGUGGCGUAAGAAUCUGGUCCUGCGCGUAACGAGGUUGUUAUUUAUUAGGUUUGAGUCUUGUGCUCUUUUGCGAGUGAACGUAUAAAAUAGUGGCCUGGCUCUUGGCCUCUGGGUGAAGGCAACUGCUGGGAUUUUUUUUUUGGGGCCCAAGAUUAUUUAUGAAACAGCCAGCGUUGCCCUGGCUGGGACGUGGAAACUCUUCCCAGGCUCGUGUUUUUGCUGCCGAGCGCUCGUCUGUCUCCUGCCUCUGAAACAAGGCUGCAAAUCCUUCCAGUGUCUCAUAAGGGCGAGGCUUAAUUAAGCUUUUUAUAGCAUUUUACAAGCAUUAGCUAACUAACUAUUGUGACAUCCCUAUGGGGUAGGUGGUUGGUUGGUUGUUUUUUGUUUUUUUUUUGCUUAUCCUAAUAGAGCUGUUUCUAUCCGCGCCGGCACUCGAAGAAUUGUGUUGGGAGAUGCUUGUGAAAUGAGGUUGCCGAUGGUGCCCCGUGGUUGAGGGCAGCCCCUGCCCGACGUGAUGCCAAGCUGCUCUAAAAAUAGUUGGAUUUGCGGAGGUUUGAGAGUGCCAACGUUAUCCCGUGCCCGCGUGACACGUCCGAUGGAGCUGUAAGACCGUGGCGUAACGGAGCUCCUGGAGAUAGGAGCAUCCUCAAAACUGAGCAGCUUUUAGGAUAGCUGAAGAUGCCGCUCGGUGGCCUGCGGAUAGCGAGGGCUGGAGCUCAUAUUUAAAAUGUUUUUGAAAGAAAAGGAGAAGGAGGAGUAAGGGGAAGGCGGGUUCCGCGUGAGCUGCGCUGAGCUUCUACCUGAUUUCUUCUAUUUACGGCACUCGGCGAGAGAGCGGGGGCAGGUGAAAGGGGCACGGGCGCUGGUGCUUGGGACGAGGGAGGAGAAAUGUCAACUUUCUGAAACGCCCCGUUUUAUCCGGACAGCGACAGGGCAAAUUCUGGGGCAAAGCAGAAUGCCGAGAGCUGGAAGGUGCCAGCGUUUGCCUCGGAUGUGGGGGGGUGUCAUCAGGAGGCCCCAGCACGACUCCGGUCCCUCGCAUUUCUCCCGCAUAGUUCAGCGCUUGCGUCACGGCAGGAGAGGCGUCGGGCUCGGAGGAUUCCUGACGGUCUAGGACAUUGUGGUUUCUAAACGGAGGAGUCACACGCGGUUCUAAGGCAGCGUGGCCACCGCCGACAGCUCCAGGGCUUGGUCAGUGGAAGUCUCCGUCUGAGCCGCCGGUGCUGUUGCUGACACCAGGGGAAGAUUGAUGCCGAGGUGCUGAGCCGGGCGCCGCCGACCCCAGCUGCCGGGAGGAAUCCAUGAGCUCACGGCCUCGGCUAUGGACAUCGUCCUGUCGGAUUUUGUGCGCUCAACGGGGGCAGAGCCGGGACUGGCCAGAGACCUCCUCGAAGGCAAGAACUGGGACCUGAGCGCGGCCCUGAGUGACUUCGAGCAGCUACGGCAAGUGCACGCCGGCAACCUGCCCCAUUCCUUCAACGAAGGACGCAGCUACAAACCCCCUGAAAAAGAGGCAGCUCGUCCCGGGCGCCCGCCGCUCCAGCGGCAGGAUGAUAUCGUGCAAGAAAAACGCCUGUCUCGAGGCAUUUCCCACGCCAGCUCCACCAUCGUCUCCCUGGCCCGCUCCCACGUCUCCAGCAACGGCAGCAGCGAACAUCUGCUGGAGAUGCCCAUCUGCACCUUCCAGCUGCCCGACCUCACCGUGUACCACGAGGACUUCCGCAGCUUCAUCGAGCGAGACCUCAUCGAGCAGUCGAUGCUGGUGGCGCUGGAGCAGGCUGGUCGUCUGAACUGGUGGGCGAACGUGGACCCCAGCUGCCAGAGGCUGCUCCCCCUGGCCACCACCGGCGACGGCAACUGCCUGCUCCACGCCGCCUCCCUGGGUAUGUGGGGUUUCCACGACCGAGAUCUCAUGCUUCGCAAAUCCCUUUACACCCUGAUGGAUAAAGGGGUGGAAAGGGAAGCCCUGAAGCGAAGGUGGCGUUGGCAGCAGACGCAGCAGAACAAGGAGUCUGGUCUCGUUUACACCGAAGAGGAGUGGCAGAAGGAGUGGAACGAGCUGAUCAAGCUGGCGUCCAGCGAGCCGCGCGUGCACUACGGCACCAACGGCGGCGGCUGCGGAGGUGUUGAAAGCUCCGAAGAGCCGGUCUACGAGAGCCUGGAGGAGUUCCACGUGUUCGUCCUCGCCCACGUCUUGAAGAGACCCAUAGUGGUGGUGGCAGACACGAUGCUGCGGGACUCGGGGGGAGAAGCCUUUGCCCCAAUUCCCUUUGGAGGGAUCUAUCUUCCCCUGGAAGUCCCAGCCAACAAAUGCCAUCGCUCUCCGUUGGUACUGGCUUACGACCAAGCCCAUUUUUCUGCCCUGGUAUCCAUGGAGCAGAAGGAACCCGCAAAAGAUCAAGGUAGGAGCUCAGUUAUUAGAGCAGACUUAACUCUUAACUUGUCUUUUUUUUUUUUUUAUCCUGUUUUAAAUUUUAGUGUGACGUUAUCGCUGGAAGCAAAGCUGCACCUCCUGCACAGCUACAUGAAUGUGAAAUGGAUCACGCUGCCUUGUGACAUGCAGGCGCCUUUGGCCCAGCCAGAAUCUCCUACGGCCUCUGCGGGCGACGACGCUCGUUCAGCCGCGGAGUCGGGAGAGUCGGACAAGGAGUCGGUCUGCAGCAGUUCAGCGAGCAACGGCGGCAGCAGGGGUUGCAAGGACAAAGAGAAACCAAAGAAAGAGCGAGACAAGGAGAAGGAAAAAGAUAAAAAACGGGCAGACUCGGUUGCCAAUAAGCUGGGCAGCUUCGGCAAGACUUUGGGAAGCAAACUAAAAAAGAACAUGGGUGGUUUGAUGCACGGCAAAACCACCAAGGGAGGCGUGAGCAACGGGCAGGGAGAUACCUUGGAGAAGAAGAAAAAAGGAUCCUUGAAGUCCAGGAAAGGCAGCAAAGAAGAAUCUUCCCAAGGAGAUUUGUCAGCUCCUGCGGAGAAAACCUUCCCAGGUAAAGCAGCCCCCGAAAAGCCGUCGGAUCCCUACAAAUACAGCAACGACGUCCGGCUGAGCCUGAGCAUCCUGCGGGCGGCCAUGCAGGGGGAGCGCAAGUUCAUCUUCGCCGGGCACCUCAAAACCAGCCACCGGCACCAGUACCAGGAGGAGAUGAUCCAGAGGUACCUCCUGGACGCCGAGGAGCGCUUCCUGGCCGAGCAGAAACAAAAGGAGGCGGAGAAGAAGGCGUUGGGGAGCGCCGCCGCCCCCCCCAAGAAGCUGGAGCCGGAGGGCAACACCCCCAAGGGCGAGGAAGUGAUGCUGAACCCCGCGUACCCCCAGCCCCCCCCUCCUGCCUACACCAUCCACACCCCGGAGCUGGCCCUGAGCGCUAAAAUCGCCGCUUUUCCCUCGGGUUAUUCGGGCGUUUUCACCUUUCCCAGACCCUCGGGGAUCAGCAGCACGGAAGGGUCUCAUCACCCCCCCGGCUAUCCGGACGGCCGGCGGCAGGUCGCGGGGGGGUCGUGCAGCAGCAGCCUCCCCCCCUACGCCACCUUACCCAGACACUGCGCCCAGGCGCGGGCCAACCCCCCUCCCCAGAGCAGCCCCUCCCGCCUCGCCAGGUUCUCCCCCACGGACACGGACGCGCCCCCCGCCUUCCCCCCGGAGUGCGAGGGCUCGGCCUUCCUCCCC